AUGCCGGACCCAAUUCGCAUGUUUUCCUUCCUUUGUCUCCUCAUUAUGAGCUUUCGAUACAUGGAAGCCAACGAAUGGGAUUUGAUGCUCAUGAUUCGGGGGUUCUACCUGAAUCCCUACGUCCUUUUCUUUUUCCUUUCGGCGUGCGCGACGGUUUACGUCUCCUACGACGCCCGAGGCGAACACCCUCCGUUGCGCGUAUACGAUCGAUGGGUAGCGGAAUGGUACUGGUGGAAUGCGUGGUUGUACCACGCAACCAUGGACGGUGCGUCUGGAUCCUUUCGAUUGGUUCCGGUAGUGGUUCAGCAGUACGAUUUGUUGGAUCGGCGUUUUACGGAAGGUCACGUGGUUCCCUGGGUGAUUGGGGCGGUAGAACUUUUCGUCAUGUACCCAUUGUGUUUGGUGACGCUGUGGACGGUUCUCAAGCGUCAUCCACUUCGCUUCCCCAUGGAAAUUGUCACUAGUACCUUUCACAUCAUGGGCAUGAUUGUGUUUGUUGUCUCCGAAGUCUACGAAGGACAAACGAAGAUCCCGGCCUUGGACCCGGUAGGCAUUCCGGGCGAUCGCUGGGCGAAUCUCAAGUUCACGGAUCCGUAUCAUUUGGUCUAUUACUGGUUUGGCUUUUGGUUCUGCAACCUCAUUUGGGGCUUCGUUCCCUAUUACCGCAUUACGCGAGCUGUGGAUGAAUGUCGAUUGGUCUUUGUCCAGCACCAAAAGAGAGAUUGA